AUGGCCGCGUCGAAAGAGAACUUUCCGGGUUUGAUCAGAUCUUCAAAAGCUGAAGGGGGUUUGUUGCAAGGAGGCCAAAAAUGUAUUGGGAAUAACAGAAGGGCAUUGAGUACACUUGAUGCCAACAUAGUUGAAGUUGUUCCUCACCCUUGUGCUGCUGUAAAAAGAGGGGCUUUGAAAGAGAACAACAAUCCCUCUUGUAAGAAUCUGAUUCCUGUCCACCGUCCGGUCACUAGGAGGUUUGCUGCACAAGUGGCUGCCAAGGUACAUUCUAUUGAGUCAAAUUCGUUUGCACGCCAACCGGAGGACUGUAUUAUUGUGGAUGCAAUAGAUGAAGAGGAUAACAAGGCCACGGACGAUCAUGAAGUGCCCAUGUUCGUGCAGCAUACCGAAGCUAUUCUUGACGAAAUUGAUAACAUGGAUGUGGAAGUUGAAAUGGAAGACAUCGAUGGGAGUGAGGCUGUGGUGGACAUAGAUGGUGUCGAUAACAAGAACCCACUUGCGGUCACCGAGUACAUUGAUGAUAUAUAUGAUUAUUACAAGAAGGCUGAGAGAACAAGCUGUGUGCCACCUAACUACAUGGCACAUCAAUCGGACAUCAACGAGAGAAUGAGAGGAAUCCUUAUCGACUGGCUGAUUGAGGUGCACCACAAAUUCGAGCUAAUGGAUGAGACAUUAUAUCUGAUGGUUAACAUAAUGGAUAGGUUCUUGGCUGUGAAACCCGUUUUGAGAAAGAAAUUACAGCUUGUUGGGAUUACAGCUAUGCUCCUUGCCUGCAAGUAUGAAGAGGUUUCAGUCCCAAUUGUGAAUGACCUUAUUUUCAUAUCCGACAAAGCUUACUGCCGUCAAGAAAUUCUUGAUAUGGAGAAACUGAUGAUCAACACAUUGCAAUUCAAUCUGUCUUUGCCGACUCCAUAUCCUUUCAUGAGACGUUUCCUAAAGGCUGCUCAAUCCGACAACAAUAAGUUGGAGAUGCUAUCAUUCUUCAUGGUCGAGCUUUGCCUCGUUAGUUAUGAGAUGCUUAAGUUCCCACCUUCAUUGCUAGCGGCAGCUGCAGUUUUCACAGCUCAAUGCACUCUGACCGGACGUAAGCAGUGGAGCAAAACGUGUGUGAGCUACACGAGUUACAGCCAAGAUCAGCUCAUGGAAUGUUCUAAAAUGAUGGUAAGUCUGCACCAACGGGCAGGGACCGAGAAGCUUACAGGGGUACACAAGAAGUAUAGCUGUUCUAAGUAUGGCCAUGCUGCUAAAAUCGAGCCUGCUCGGUUUCUUAUUGAUGAUGGAGAAGCGGUUGAAGAGGCGGCGAUGUCGUGGCCUACGACCGCUCCCUCAAGAUCAAGGUCGAGGCUCGACAAAUUCAACGGGCUUGCCGCCAAUCAGAGACGCGUCCGGUCGCAAUCGGCUAUUUUCGGGUUGAGAUUGUAUAUGAUAUGCGGGGGAUCGAGGGAGAGAUCUCUACAAUCCAGUCCGAGAUGCGCCGAGUUGUCGGAGCUCAGGUCCAAUAAUGAGGCGGCGCAUAGGGGGAUCCAUCGGAGAAGAUGA